ACGGAAAAAAAUGUGUACUUAUUAUGGUGUCAGAGGCUGCCAGCUGAGCCGGAGACAAAGAUGGCGGAAGCACCGACGCAGGACUUACCACCUAAGGGCGGUUAUGCUCCCAUUUCCUUCAUGAGGAUCCCUCCAAGAUCCUAUUUUUCUGGAUAUCAACUGUUUGCAGGCUUUACAGUCUUCACAACUCUGGCUGGCUAUUUAUACUACCGCACCUACAAGAGUAUCAGGCUACAGGAUGUGGAGAUGAGGAGUGGAAGGUUGGCCAUCGAGCCACUACUGCUGGCUGAGAGAGAUCGAGAGUUUCUCAAGCAGAUAAGACGUAACCGGAAUGAAGAGGAGAAACUGAUGGCCAAUGUUGAGGGAUGGGAAGUAGGGAAGUAUUACGAUGAACCCAUCUACAAGACGGUGAAAGAGGACCGCUUCAUCGAUCCCAUCAUUCCAGAAUACUAUGUCCACGGGCACUCCAGCGCCUUCUCUCGUAAUGCCUUCUUUUCCCUCAUGUCUUGAGCAGGAAUCGUUGCAUAACCAGAAGACAGGCGGCACUCGUAGCAAUGUGGAAACUACUUUUUAUUUAAUUUUUUCUGUAAGGUUUCCUUAUUUUUACUUUAAAAGUGUACAUACUUGUGAUGCAUGUGUACAUCUACCUUGAUCAGAGGUAUAUGAAAUUUAUUUAAGUUUAUUUGUAUAUACCAAUGAUAAUACUGAAAUAAAAUAAUGGUUCUUAAUCACA